CGAUAUGCAUCGCGUCAUGACUCAUGAAUACAUAAUUUACUACCGAGGCGAAUUCUACUCAAGAUCUCGCAUGAGCAGGCUGUAUCGCACGUUACUUUCUCUGUCGACAACGAGUGCUCCCAUAGUAGCUGCAAGUGCUUCUAUGGUAGUAACGCCCAUCGUCCACCGUCCGAUAAUCUCACCGAUUUUGCCUUUGGGACUUCUCGCAUGGCAAAGAUCAUCCGUAUAGCGACGACGGAUGCCGACGCUUCUGGCCGACCAAGCGCCAUUGUCCCUCUAUGGUGUCCACUCCGAUCACUGGAAAUACCCGCGAUUGUCGCUCGCUGGGGUGCAUAACUCGUUGCCAGUCAGGCUGUCGACCUUGGCUCUACCCAACAUCUCCCGCCGUCGAAGACUCGCCAUUCUCUUCUGUCAGGCCUGGUUCGUGAUGGCACUAACGAUGGCAAAAGCGGAUUUCAUAGGCACGCUACUGGAGACGCUGUGCUACGGGAUAUACUUCAUGCUCUUUGCCGGAUUUCUUCGUGUACUCUACGCAAAACACCAAGCAGGCAGGUUGAUAUGGCGCCUCCUUCUCAUUGCACUAAUCAUAUUCUUUCUGAUCACCGCACACCUAGCACUGCAAAUCAAUCGCAUGCUCGAGGCAUUCGCGGAUCAUAGGGAUGUGCCGAACGCCCCAUUAAUGUAUUUUCGCACGCUAAGCAGACGGGAAAGCGGAACGAAGGCUUCCAUCUAUACAACACUGACCCUUAUAUGCGAUGCUCUCAUAGUAUAUCGAGUGUUCGUGGUGUACGAACGCAAGUGGUUCGCAACGGUCAUACCUUCUAUGCUCUUUCUCGCCGAUAUGGCAUUGGCCGCGUGGUACAUAUGGGGCGUUUCGCGAAUUGACGGAGUGUGGAUUUGGAUGCCCCCAAUUCUACCAAUCAGCUUCUUCUAUGCAGUUACGCUGGCACUGAAUCUACUGUGUACAGUCAUGAUAUCAUGGAAGAUCUCUUUCAUCCAUCGAAAGCUCCUAGGGUCUGCUGUGGCAGGAAUCCGCAUCGAGAGUGUGAUUGUUAUUAUCAUCGAGUCAGCGGCUAUUUACUCCUGUAUUCUCAUUGCACUCAUUGUGACAAGUGUUACGAAUACGAUUGGGCUGUGGAUAGCCUUAAACCCUAUAUGCCCCAUCAUCGGGAUGAUCCGCGUAACGUACCGACCAAGGGCUGAGCGCUGA